AAAUCAUACUACAGAGAAACCUUCUGAAUAUACUCCAUGUGGUAAAGCCUUUGUAUAUCAGAGUCUUCUCCCAAAGCAUGAGAGAACACAUACUGGAGAUACACCAUAUGAAUGUAAUCAAUAUAUUAAAGUCUUUGCAUAUCCCACUCAUCCUCAAAGGAAGGAAAGAACACAUACUGGAGUGAAAUCCUAUAAAUGUAAUCUUUGUGGUAAAGCCUUUUCAUGUAACAUGACUCUUCAAGUGCAUAAAAGGACACAUACCAGAGUGAAACCCUAUGAAUGUGAUCUGUGUGGUAAAGCCUUUUCACGUCACAAUAUUUUUCAAGUGCAUAAAAGAAAACAUACUGGUGAGAAACCCUGUGAAUGUAAUCAGUGUGGUAAAAUCUUUGGAAGUCACAGUACUUUUCAUGUGCAUAAAAGAAAACAUUCUGGAGAGAAACCCUAUGCAUGUAAUCAGUGUGGUAAAGCCUUUGCACAACACAUUCAUCUUCAAAGUCAUGAAAGAACACAUACUGGAGAGAAACCCUAUGCAUGUAAUCAAUAUGAUAAAGCCUUUGGAAAACAAGAACAUCUUCAAAGGCAUAAAAGAACACAUACUGGAGAGAAACCCUACAAAUGUAAUCAGUGUGGUAAAGCCUUUGCACAAUAUAGUCAUCUUCAAAGUCAUGAAAGAACACAUACUGGAGAGAAACCCUAUGAAUGUAAUCAGUGUGGUGAAGCCUUUACUCGUCACAAUGCUCUUCAAGUGCAUAAAAGAACACAUACUGGAGAGAAACCCUAUGAAUGUAAUCAGUGUGGCAAAGCCUUUGCACAACAUGAUGAUCUUCAAAGUCAUGAAAAAACACAUACUGGAGAGAAACCUUAUGAUAUAAUUAGUGUGGUGUAGCCUUUGUAUAUCACAAUCAUCUUCAAAGGCAUAAAAUAACACAUACUCGAGAGAAACGCUAUGAAUUUAAUUAAUGUGGUAAAGCCUUUGCUUAUUGGACUUCUCUUCAAUUGCAUGGAAGAGCACAUACUAGAGACAAACCCUAUGAAUGUAAUCAAUGUGGUAAAGCCUUUGCACAUCACAAUAAUCUUCAAGUACAUAAAAGAAUACAUGCUGGA